AUGGCCCUCUCUAUGCGAUUCCUGGCCCAGGCCUGGGCAUCCAAGAGCGUUGUGGCCAGUGCUGCAACGCCCAAGUCCGCGAAGACGCCGAAGACACCCAAGACACCGAAGACGCCUUUGAGCCCAGUCAGCCCUGCAUGCCGCCCGGCAAGCUUCUUCCUGGAAGACGAGGACUCCCGACAUUUGAAGAGCCAGCCCACCCGCACCCGAGCCGUCCACUUUGCCGACGCGGAAGAUGCAUGCACCUGGGUGGGCUCCACCACAAGCCUGUUAAGCGGCCGGGGCGCGAACCCGUUGCUCUGGAGCCGCCCAGGAAGCCUGGGAGGCUUCCGCCCAAUGCCACGCGAGUCUCCGCAGGAUGGCGAGACGAAUGCGACCCUGGUUGCUGCUGCAGUGGCUACACGCAACGCCGUGCAGUCACGACAGCAGCGCCGUGAGGAUCGCUGCGUCCCAACUCCUCGCGUCGCGGCCUGGGAGACGCCGUUGCCGAGACUUCUGGGGCACGGCCCUCGUGGCGAAAGGCCGCAGCCUCCCAGGCCGGUCAGCGAGGUGUCCUGUGCACAUGCAGCCCACAACGCAUUCCUGGAGCAGCAGGAGCGCCGCUUGAGCCGGAACAUGGUCGCCUUUGUUGUGUAG